CCCAAGAAACAGCUGACUCAAUGCUGCUAUAAUUUCAUACUCUAGGGAUGAAUAUAUAUAGUACAUGAAUCACUAAACUUGCUGUCACAAAAAUGGGUCCUUUGACUUCCUCUUGCCCCCUGGCUUGCCCCAUUCUUCGUCUCUUUCGUCGCCUCCAAAGGUCAGUCGGAAAUUGGGAGACGGGUGUGAAGCCAAAGUCAGUGUCGGUGACGGUGGCGCACGAGCUUCUUCAAGCAGGACAUCGUUAUCUGGAUGUCAGGACUUCUGAGGAGUUCAAUGCUGGGCAUCCUCCUGCGGCUAUUAACAUUCCUUAUUACCACGUUAUUAAGAAUGGUGGAAAAGAGAUGUUGAAGAAUCCAAAAUUUGUUGAGGAAGUAUCAUCUGAAUUUGGGAAAGAAGAGAAGUUCAUUGUUGGAUGUAAAUCAGGAGGGAGGUCAAAAAUGGCUGCAACUGAUCUGCACGCUGCUGGUUUUACCCAUGUCACUGAUGUUGCUGGUGGCUAUACUGCAUGGAAGGAAAACGGGCUUCCUAGUACUGAAUGAAUGCAAUAGAAACAUUUCUU